CACGAUCGAGUGCUAUACCACUCGUUAGUCUUUAUUUAUACUUAACGCAAGACAAGUUUAGUUUCAAAACACGUUUGGAAAUCAAAUAUGGGAAGGCCACGUGUUUUAGUUACAAGCAACGAUGUACCAUCUCCUGGAAUCGAUCUUUUGGAAUCUAAAUGUGACGUUACGAUCAUUCAACAUGACAAAAGUACACGAGAAGAUGUCCUACAAACUCUUCCCGGGUAUAAUGCUGUUUUGAUUACUAAUCAUUACAACGUAAAUACCGAAUUUUUGAAUAUCGCAGGAACUAAUUUAAAAGUUGUAUCUACUAUCUCAGCUGGCUACGAUCAUUUGGACGUUCCCGAAAUUAAACGACGUGGUAUUAAGGUCGGUCAUACACCUCAGGUUUUGUCAGACGCAGUUGCAGAAAUUGCAGUCAUGUUGACUUUAUGCGCAGCCCGACGAAGUCACGAAGGACGUUUAAAAUUAGAAGAAGGAAAUGUGAAAACUAGCUUGAACUGGUUACUUGGACACGAUUUACGUAAUUCUACGGUAGGAAUAGUUGGAUUAGGAAAUAUUGGUCAAGCUGUAGCCGUACGUUUGGUGCCAUUUGGAGUAAGCACUUUUCUAUAUACCGGUCAUUCGGAAAAAAAAGCAGGAAAAGAUUUAGGUGCUAAGUUCGUAUCUUUAGACGAACUUCUUGCACAAAGUGAUUUCAUUAUUGUUGCUACUCCAUUGACCAAUGAAACCCAUGGUUUAUUUAACGAUACUACUUUUGGUAAAAUGAAAAAAAAUGCUGUGUUCGUUAAUGUCGGACGUGGAAAAGUCGUAGACACGGAUGCAUUGGUAAAAGCAUUGAAAAAUCAUACAAUUUUUGCUGCGGGUUUAGAUGUUGUAGAUCCUGAACCAUUACCAAAAGAUCAUGAAUUAUUAAAACUUCCUAAUGCUGUAAUUAUACCACACUUAGGUAGUGCCACAGUAAAGACUCGCAACGAUAUGUCUAUAAUUGCAGCCCAAAAUAUUCUCAAUGGAUUAGAUGGCAAACCUUUAGUUUAUGAAUUAUAAGUAUUAAUGGAUUUGCUACAAGUCACAGAGAAUAAAUAAAACUAUUUAACAAGCACAGUA